GCCAUCUUUCUUUUGCCUUUCGCACAACGUGGUUUGCCUCUCGUGCCGAAAGAAAAUAUAGUUUUUAGGUGAAAUGGGACGUUACGCUCGCGAACCAGACAACGCAACCAAGUCUUGCAAGUCCCGUGGGUCACACCUGCGUGUGCACUUCAAGAAUACCCACGAAGCGGCCAAUGCGAUCAAGCAUAUGCCUCUGAGGCGCGCUCAGCGCUUCCUGAAGAACGUGAUGGACAAGAAGGAGUGCGUGCCUUUCAGGCGUUUCAACGGGGGCGUGGGCCGCUGCGCUCAGGCCAAGCAGUGGAAGACAACGCAGGGACGCUGGCCCAAGAAGUCCGCCGAGUUCCUGCUUCAGCUGCUGCGCAACGCUGAGUCGAAUGCCGACUACAAGGGAUUGGACGUGGACAGGCUGGUGAUUGACCACAUCCAGGUGAACCGUGCUCCCUGCCUCAGGCGUCGCACGUACAGAGCCCACGGUCGCAUCAACCCCUACAUGUCCUCUCCGUGCCACAUCGAGGUGAUCCUCACGGAGAAGGAGGAGGUUGUGGCCAAGGCGACAGACGAGGAGCCGACGAAGAAGAAGCUGUCCAAGAAGAAGCUCCAGCGGCAGAAGGAGAAGAUGAUGAGGAGUGAAUAGGACUCCCAAUGAAGAUUUGGGACUCAAUAAAACACAUUCACUUACAAUCUGCA